UAUUAUUACAACCAUGGAAGAUAGUUUUCCCUUCAGCUUCGGACUUGCAUCGGAUGAAGAUGAGGAAUUCAAUGACAUCUUCUGUCCAGCGAAAGCAAAAGCCAAAGUUGUAAAGUCAAAGGCACCUUCUGCGGAGGAGUAUCAUGCUCAGAUAGACGCGGAUGGGUGGUUUCACCAAACAGGCGCCUCAGUGCUUGAAGUUAUGCAAAAUGAUAAGAAUGGUGCCAACAAAGUCAAGAUGAGGGCUGAUCAUUAUUAUAUGCUACAUCAGUAUCAGGACGCAUACGAGAUCGCAAAGGAAUAUUGUCGCGUCGUAUCUUUGCAAAAUCAACUGAAUCUGAUAGAUAGAAUUGAACAAUCCGAAACUGAGAUUGAAAGAACAUCAAACAUAUUAAAGGUAACGGAUUCGAAGGAGAUGCAAGAGAUGGCUCUCCGCUGUGCACUCAAGUUAAACAAGUUGGACGAAGCUGCAGCAUUUGCCGAUGAGCUUACGCUGCAAGAUAUUGGAACUGUAUUUCUUAAGGCCAAGGCAUUUAUAGCAGUUGGACGCUACAAUGCUGCGGCACUCAAUCUGGUUCAAUUUCAAAAGACAAAGAGUAGCAAUUACUCUAUUUGGAAAGCUCUUGGAGAAUGUUUGCAUCAGUCUUCAAAAGCACUAAUAUUCCAGUCAGAACCAAAGCUAUCAAUACCAACCUUAAUAUCUAGACCAUAUCCUUCAUUAACGUUAUGUUCCUAUGGCGUGGAUCUUCGGAGGGUAAAAAUUUUGGCUUUAAUCAGCAUUCUGCGAGCCCGUUAUCUAAUGCUUGUAUCCACGUGGUCGAAUGUCAGCUAUGCAAAAGUCCGGUUUGAUCAAGAGUUAAGAACCAUUGAUGACCUACGGAGAGUCUUGGAGCGUGAAUGUGAGCUGGAGAUGUAUGACUCAGCUAGCCAGUUGAAAGAGUUCGAGAGUAGCUUACAAGACCAAGACUUGAAGCAUCGACGGUUAGAAGAUUAUGAGAACAAGAUUGUCAUCCCAGCUCUAGAGCUACUUCAGAGGAUGAAGCAAGCAAAUGGUGAAGGUCUAAAGGAAGAAAGUGAAUCAGCUUUGGAGAUUGUAGAGUUUAUCGUCAACUCAUGGGAUACACAAUUGGUAGACUUUUCUGCUUCUGGAGGUGGAACUGACGAGGACAAUGACGAUGUGAAUGGGCUCUCAGUCCGGGACAAAUAAAGACUCAUUAUCAAGGGGUUGAGUCUACAUAUUCUUGACACAAAUGAAUCAAAAGCAUGUGCGCGCGCACCGACCAACGCGGGCGAUGUGGAGGAAAACGGAUCAAGACAGAAUGAAUUCACACGCCUCUAUAAAUUCAAUAAAUAGGAG